UUGACACUGGGCCUACUGUUCUGCAGGCAGGUGAUGAUGACUAUAAGCUGCUUCAUCAUCAAUAAGCUGCUACAGAAUUUAGCAAAUUGAUACUUGAAACUAAUUAUAUGUAGUUUUUUUACCUAAAAAGUUCAAAAUGAAAAGAAAACUUGAAAAGAAAAUACAUAUAACUAGGUGGGUCUUCUGCUAUUGACUCUAGUUGCCGAGUAGGCGCAUUUCCUGUGAGGAAGUCGUGAGACAGACAGUCUAAAGACAUAGACAGCACCUACGUUGGUGAAUAACAUGGAUCAUCGCUUUCAAGGUGUUAUUCUCCCGUUUUUAUCAUAUCAUAUUCAAGUUACAGACUGUGGUACAAGUACAGUCAGUAUAAUACAGGGAAAACAAUACAAUGUCACAGUUCAAGGUAGGUUUGUUAAAAUCCUAGACAAUGAUAGAGAUCAACUACUGUCAUAUUCCUACAGUGAUUUUCAUAUUUCUGUCCACUCGGCUCCAGUGUCUCCGGUCGAUCUGACUGUGGACUCAUUGUCUAACAGCUCACACACCUUUAACCUCACUGUGACCUGCAGAACACAGGACUCUCACAUCAGUACCACUUUUACAUGUGUCAAUCAAACCUGCAGUGAAGAUGGAGACAGAUCAAAAGCUACAACCUCUGCAUCCAGAGGUUUGACGUCUGUGUUUGUGAAGAAGGGAAGCGAUCUACAGCUGGAUGUUAAGGAAGAUGAUGUUGAUGCUGGGUUUUCUUUAAUUCUAUGGACAGUCAAUGAAGAAGAUUUAGUUAGAUAUUCACCUGGUGGAACACCAUACCUUUACAGUGAAAGAGUUGAGUUUUCAGAGACAAAUUACACUCUAACGUUGAAACAUGUAAAAGAAACAGACAGUGGAAAUUAUACUGCAGAAGCAACAAAGGCUAAAAAGAAAAUAGUAGCUAAAUACAAAGUCACAGUUCAAGCUCCAGUGUCUCCAAUUAGUCUGACUGUGGACUCAGCGUCCAGCAGCUCAGACUCCUGUAACCUCACUGUGACCUGCAGGACACAGAACUCUCACAUCAGCACCACUUUUACAUGUGUCAAUCAAACCUGCAGUGAAGAUGGAGACAGAGCAAAAGCUACAACCUCUGGUGCUGUUCUUCAUGUCUACAUUGAGAAUGACUCCAUCAAGUGUAACCAUAGCAACCAGGUCAGUUGGACCACAAGCCAAGGAGCAAAGAUACAGGAUUUCUGUCACCAACCUUCAGGGACUCUCUCUGCUGGUUUCCCUCUCUGUCUGGUGAAGAUGGUCGUGUUCUCUGUUGGCCUGAUCAUCAUGACGUCUGCCGUCAUCACUGUCAAUCUCAUGGAGAGGACCAUGAAGAGAAAUCUAACCAGACCUAAGGAGUCUUCUACCAGUGUCAUCACACACACCUCACAUUAACCAUGAACUUUAACAUUAACUACACGGUAGGUAAAAAAGACUUUAUUUAAAAAUAUAAUAUUUAAUACAUUUAAUAUUUAAAUAUAAUAAUAACAAUUAUUACAAAUCUAAUCAUAAACAUAGUAAAACAAUAACAAUAGUAAAUAAUAACUGAAACAACAAUGGUAAUUAUAAAAUAGUAUUUACUGGAAUAAACUAAACGACUUUUUAUUUUAUGUUUCAUGUACUUUGAUAUUAUAUAAUUUUAUAAUACUUAAGUCAGUGAUGCCAGCUGAGUAGAUUCUUUGGGUAUUGAGUUUUCAGUAUACUGUUAAAUUUAAGCUGUUGGAAGGUAACAUCCUGUUUUGAAGUUUUAAACAUCAGUUCUUUAAAUAAGACGAAACAAACCAGAGGGGACAUAAAGAUCGACCAGCAAGAACUAGGUUCUGUUGUUUUUCCAAUUUGCAUUCAGAACAAUCAGAAAGGACAUGAGAAUACAGAGAACUACAGUAAAAAGGUUUAUAAGACCAUCAUGAAAAACAAACACAUUUUAAAUCAGGUACUGUUAGUUUUCCUUCUUUCAAUAAGGUAUAAUGUUUUUAGUCAGUGUUUAGUCAGUGUCCUACGUUGUGACUGUAGAGUGCAACAAUUAAUGUUUGUCUCAGAUCAAACAUUUAUUGUGGAUACAAAUGAACUAUAAAUAAUGGAAGAUACCAGUGAAUAAUGACACGUACAAAGUGAUACUGGUAGCCAGCAGGCACACAACCCACCUUCAAUGGUAAAAUAUGGUUGAACUAAUGUUAUUGAUGUGACAUUGAUAUAACUUUGAAACAAUGUUUAAUGCUAACGAUUGUAAAAAUGUUAACAAAAUAAUUAACGUUGAAAUAUGGUUGAAAUAAUGUCAGUUGUUUUUGUGGAGGUAAAAUGACAAUAAAUGCUUAUUCGUGCUCA